AGUGUGUGGUUUACGGUAAGGCCUUGAAAAAAAAAGGAAAUUUCAGAGCGCGCUGGCUCCACACACGGUCUGAAGAGCCACACGUAUAGGAGAUGCUCGUAGGCUGUUAGGAGGGUCGCGGUGUUGGGGGGUUUAUCUCCUUCUGAACAGUUCACACACGUCCCACACGUCCCAUCUGGCGGGCUGUGAGGCUGCAGCGCACGAGUCAGUAGCUGUUUCUCUCUCUCUCUGCUCUGCUCGAAGACGGCAGGCAAGCUGCAGUUUCGCAAGAGGACAGCUCGAGAUUUUUUCUACUACGAACCGGACUGUCGUCUAACCAGUUAAGCUGCAUGAGCUGUGUGUGAGGGGAAUUUGCAUUAUUUCCGGCGACGUUUCUGUCAUUUAUCACUCAUGCUCGACAGCACAGACCUUACAGUAGCAUAAUCUUAAAGUAGCUAACCUAGCUAGCAGUGGGCUCAUCGGUUUUUUUCGUAGCCGCACGGCUUUGAAGGGGAGCAGUAACGGUGAAGAAAAAUCACCACGCACGGAUAAAAUGACCAUGUCGGUCCCGGAGAGGAUAUCGGAGUCCGGAGGAAAAGAGGAGGAGAGCGAGGACGAGAGCGAGAUCCUGGAGGAGAGCCCGUGUGGCCGCUGGCAGAAGCGAAAGGAGCAGGUGAGUCAAGGAAAUGUGCCUGGUAUCGAGAGUGCUUCGUUGGCCAUGGACACAGAGGAGGGGGUGGAGGUGGUGUGGAAUGAGGUUCAGUUCUCUGACAAGAAGGUGUUCAAGGCCCAUGAGGACAGAAUCAGGGAAAUGUUUGAGAACCUGAUGCAGGUGGAGCACCCAAACAUUGUCAAGUUUCACAAAUACUGGCUGGACACAAAGGAGAGCCGAGCCAGGGUUAUUUUUAUCACUGAGUACAUGUCGUCUGGAAGUCUUAAGCAGUUUUUGAAGAAAACCAAGAAAAACCACAAGACAAUGAAUGUGAAGGCAUGGAAACGCUGGUGCACACAGAUCUUAUCCGCCCUCAGUUACCUGCAUUCUUGUGAUCCGCCCAUAAUCCAUGGAAACCUGACCUGCGACACCAUCUUCAUCCAACACAACGGCCUCAUCAAGAUCGGCUCAGUGUGGCACAGGCUUUUUGUCAAUGUGUUCCCAGAGGCCAUUCAUGGAAAUGUGCACCAGCAUCGCGACGAGCUGCGGAAUCAGCACUUUUUUGCUCCUGAGUAUGGCCUUGCUGAGGAUGACUACUCUAUUGAUAUAUAUUCCUUUGGCAUCUGUGCCUUGGAGAUGGCAGUCUUAGAGAUUCAGGCCAAUGGAGACACUGCGGUUUCCAAAGAGGCCAUCACUCAUGCUGGACAGUCGCUGGAAGACCCUCUCAUGAGGGAGUUUACUCAGUUAUGUGUGCGUACAGACGCUAAGCUGAGGCCUACAGCUCAUGACCUGCUAUUCCACAGAGUGCUGUUUGAGGUCCACUCCUUAAAAUUGCUCGCUGCCCACUGCUUCAUCAGUAACCAGUAUCUUCUUCCAGAGAACUGUGUGGAGGAGAAGACCAAGUCUAUUGAUCCAAACGGUGUCAUGGCAGAGAUCAAUCAUAGUGAUCGACCAGGAAUCCAGUUAAAGUAUUCGCAUGUCUCUCCACUGGAGUUGGACAAGUUCCUGGAGGAUGUUAAGAAUGGAAUCUAUCCCCUGAUGAACUUUGCCUCGCAGAGGCCACAUCCUAUUCCACGUGCACUAUCCCUGUCCCAGGAGCACAUGGAGACGGUGAAGACGCCAACGCCAGAGCCCCAGGAGACUGAGACCAGGAAAGUAGUCCAGAUGCACUGCAAUCUGGAGGCUAAUGAAGAGGGAACCAGGAGUCAUCUGUCUCUUUUUUUGAAGAUGGAUGACAAACUGCACCGCCAGCUUAGCUGUGAUGUUCUGCCAACCGACCGUCCCAGAGACCUGGCCAGUGAGCUGGUGCACCAUGCAUUCAUUAGCGAGGAUGACUGUGAGAAGCUGACAUGCUUUUUGGAAGAUGCCCUGGGUAAGCACUGGGGUGGGGCUUCUGCUUCUUCUGCUGCUAUGGUGAUGAUGCAUUGAGCCCCAUCGGAAUGCCAUUGUGGAGCAGAAGAGUUGGCCUGAGCUGGUCUAACUGAGGAAGAGCGCAAAACAUGGAGAGAAAAGGAGCUGGAGAGGGACAGAAAGAGCAACACUAUUGGCAGAGGAGUGAAAAUGUCUUGACUAAUGUGACAAUGUUGGAAAGAUCCAUCCACACACCAUGGUACCAAGGCUCCAAAGAGCUUACGUCGUAUGUCAUUUAUGUGGGAGAUCUGGCCAGUACUAUCAUCCCACAACGCAGCAGACAUGUGAAUCAGUUAGAGGUGGAGUUCCCUCCAUUUAUUUUUCAUGUCUGAUGGAUUUUUGUGGACAUUCUCAGUGCCGCCCUACCUUUUGGCAAUAUCCAUCCUCCAUCCAAGAAGCUUCUGUGCCACAAGAAAAGAGUCUUAUAGGAGCAAAAACAUUGGAAUUACUGGAAAAAGGAGGGUAGUGGUCCAAAAUAGUUGCUUCUCAUGGGACUGCCAGCCCAUGUGUUGUCUUACAUUGUCUAUGUGUUUUAAGCAGACCUGCAGUAAAUCUAUAUUUAUUGUUUUUACUAUUAAACAUUACUAAAGUGUAACUCUUUAAUGGCUCCCAAUAAGAGAAAUCUUUCCAAAUGUUUAACAUUUCUACGUAAGAUGAGUGAAAAUUAUAAAAUUAGCAAUUUCAUUAUGUUUAGAAUUGACAAUGAGCUGAUGAAUGUACAGUACUGUAGCAGCGUACCCUUGGCGCUUGUUAUACCUGCAUUACUACACCCCAUGUGAAAGCUUAAACCGAAAACACUUGACAGCUGUUCUGACUGGUUCUUACAAAGCACCAAGUGCCUACGUGAGAAAUGAAUGUGUCAAACGUACUCGGUAUGGUAUCCUCCUGUAUAUCGCCAUUAUUCAAGAUGCUUGAGUCAUACUAACUUGUGGUUCAUUUUGCAUACAUUUGUAAACAGUGGCAAUAAUGGUAAUACCUUAGAUUUGUCAGGUCUAAGGAGUGUGAUUAUAUGUAUGAAUGUACCUCUGUGAGAGAGAGUGAUGUUUUGCAGUAAAGUGUAAUAGCAUUAGGAGCACCAGCCUCUUUUAGGUAACCAAUGAAGUUGUAGAGCAGAUGAACGCUCCAAAUGCAGUCAAAGCAUUUUGAGCAAGUAGCAGCUACUGCACAUUACCAAACAUGGUCAAAAUUGCACCUUUUGAAGACACACUGUCUUCCAGCCCAUGGUGCACCAAACUUAUUUGCACUUUAUAAUCGCAAAUGCACCCUCUCAACUGAUUGACAAGAAUCACACAAGAUGUGAAUCAGCUAAACACUGAUGCUAUAACAGAGUGUUUACAUUCGUAGUAUGUAUCAGCAGAGCAUGGUACAGUGUUGCAUUUUAAUUUGGGUUUGCUUAGCAUUCGCGCUAAUUUAUGCAACACUUGGUUUUGCUCCCAUUUUGCAGCCGUUUGAUUAAAACAAUCAAGAAUCUUUUUCAUAGAAAAGUGUCAUAUCUAGUGGCAAACGUUGGUCAUAUCAAAUGCUAAAGCAGGAAUUCUGUUUCUUGACCCACACUGUGUUUUGGAGAAUUUUAAUAAAUGUUUUGUGAUUUGAAAACUCUAUUCUUUCUUGAUAUAAGAACCAUUAACCUUCAGCUCUAAUGCUAAGCAAACCCAAAAAUGCAGCAACAUAUUAUUUUCUGCUUUCGCCUGGCCGAUGGCAACCAAAUUACAAAUGUAAAUGCACCCUGAAACAUUUAAUGGGCAGGUCGUUUGUGUAAGGGUCUAAUAGGAACCCCUCCAUCUAGUUAAAAAGGGCUGUUCUUUGAGCUUUUACAUUAUUCAGCAGUAUUUGAAAUAUUUUAUGUUCCAUCCAGCGGUGUUUACAUGCACAUGACAUAUAGAAACUGAACUGUGUCAAUGCCAAAAGACCUUCUCUCAUUAUCUUUAAAGACACUGGAUGCAAUGAUGGCAGCUGGGGCUGGGGUAGCUACAUGGAAGAGAAGAUGCUACAUUGCCUCUAGAAAAAAAACCCUGCCCUGACCCUUGGUUUGGUACUUUUAUCUUGUGUUUGUAAAUCAGUAUUCAUUCUGUAAUUAAUCUGUCAUGCCGUUGAUGCCGACACUACCCCAGUUUAAAGGCCCAAUUUGGAAUUCAAAUGGCAGACCAGUUUUAGUGCUCCAAUAGUUCAAAAGUACAUAUGGCCUUGGUUUGAAACAAGGGUGUUAAACUGUGGCUGGUCAUAGCUAUGCUUCAGCAAAUCCAGAAUUGGGGCUUUAAAGAUGUUUCAAUACUAAUGCUGUAAUUAUCAGUGGCUUUGGCUCUUGAAGACUUCCAGUAUCUCAAUAAAACUGUGCUUGCAUGUGAGAACCUGAA